CCUGAGCCACCGUGGGAGGGCGUGGCUUCCACGCCUUCGUGAGGCCUAUUGGCUGAGCGUCCGAGGAGGGGCGUGGCUACGGGAGCCCGGUGGGCGCGUUGCGUUCGGCGGGGAAGUAUGCACCCGGCAGGCUUGGCGGCGGGGACGCCCCGGCUGCCCUCAAAACGGAGGAUCCCUGUGUCCCAGCCCGGCAUGACCGACCCCCACCAGCUCUUUGAUGACACGAGCUCAGCCCAGAGUCGGGGCUAUGGGCCCCAGCGGGCCCCCGGCAGCCUGGGCUACCCAGCAGCGGCCGCCUCCCCGCAGGCUGCCUUUCUGACUGACCCCAUGUCAAACAUGGCCAUGGCCUAUGGAAGCAGCCUGGCCGCUCAGGGCAAGGAGCUGGUGGACAAGAAUAUCGACCGCUUCAUCCCCAUCACCAAGCUCAAGUAUUACUUUGCCGUGGACACCGUGUACGUGGGCAAGAAGCUGGGCCUGCUCGUCUUCCCCUACCUGCACCAGGACUGGGAGGUGCAGUACCAGCAGGACACGCCCGUGGCCCCUCGCUUCGACGUCAACGCUCCAGACCUCUACAUUCCAGCAAUGGCUUUCAUCACCUACAUCCUGGUGGCUGGCCUGGCCCUGGGCACCCAGGACAGGUUCUCCCCGGACCUCCUGGGGCUGCAGGCUAGCUCGGCGCUGGCCUGGCUGGCCCUGGAGGUGCUGGCCAUCCUGCUCAGUCUGUACCUGCUCACUGUCAACACUGACCUCACCACCAUCGACCUGGUGGCCUUCCUGGGCUACAAAUAUGUCGGCAUGAUUGGCGGCGUUAUCAUGGGCCUGCUCUUUGGGAAGAUUGGCUACUACCUGGUGCUGGGCUGGUGCUGUGUGUCCAUCUUUGUGUUCAUGAUCCGGACGCUGCGGCUGAAGAUCCUGGCCGAGGCAGCGGCUGAAGGGGUGCCCGUGCGCGGGGCGCGGAACCAGCUGCGCAUGUACCUGACCAUGGCCGUGGCGGCAGCACAGCCUCUGCUCAUGUACUGGCUCACCUUCCACCUGGUGCGGUGAGGGUGCUGAGCGAAACCUCGUCCGCUGCCGCAGCUGCUGCUGCUGCCGCCAGUGCCUGUGCACGCGUGCGGCCGCCACUGUCAUCUCCGCCCCGG